AUGUCAAAUCGAGUUUAUUUAUCAAGUCAAACUACAAAACGAAAAUGUCGUUUAAAUGGUAUUAAAUCAUCAGAACGUAUGCCUAAGAAGGAUAAAUUACGAAAACAAUUUAAAAAUCAUAUUAUCUAUAGUCAUCCACAACUUCCACAAAGAACUGAUCUUCGGGAUCACAUGACUCCAGUUGAGGACCAAUCAGACAUUGCUAGUUGUGUAGCAAAUUCUUUUGCUGGAGCUUAUGAAUAUUUACUAAAGAAAUCUACCGGUUAUCAUACUGAUGUAAGUCGAUUAUUUAUUUACUACAAUGCUCGUAUUAAAGAUGAAGAAUCUGAUGAUAUUGAUGAUUCAGGAUGUACUGUAGCAAGUGCUAUUGAAUCUUUAGAAGAAUCUGGUACUUGUCUUGAAUCACUUUGGCCAUAUAAGAUGAAACGUGUAAAUAAAUGUCCUAACGAUGAUGCUUAUUCAGCAGCAGAAAGUCAUCGAAUUAGUGAUGCAUUACAACUUAAUGUUGAUUUAUAUCAAAUGAAAUCUUGUCUUGCACAAGGUUUUCCAUUUGUAUUUGGCUUAGAAUUAUAUGAAUCAUUUGAUAAAGCAAAUAAAAAAGGGUAUGUUCCAAUGCCAAAACCCGAAGCAAAGAAUCGAGGAUCACAUGGAAGUCAUGCAAUGUUAGCUGUAGGAUACAGUGACUGUUCAAAAAUAUUUAUUGUACGAAAUUCAUGGGGAGCAGAAUGGGGUGUUAAAGGAUACUGCUACAUUCCGUAUAGUUAUAUGAGUGAUCCUGAUUUUUGUUGGGAUCCAUGGGCUGUUCGCAAAUUAGAAACUAAUGAUAUGGGUAAGGAACACUGGGAUGAUGAUGAUGAUAAUGAAUAUGAAGAGGAGGAAGAUGAAGAUGAUGACGAAGAUGAUGAAGAUGAUGACGAAGAUGAGGACGAUGAUGAUGAAGAAGAUGACGACGAAGAUGAUGAAGAUGAAGAUGAAUAA